AUGUCGUAUCGUGAAAACAAAGGAUAUGAAUCGGACUCUGGAGAUGAGCCGGUAGGCUAUCAAGGAGAUAAAGGAUACACGACGCCGUUGUCAUGGAACGAUGCAACCAAUGAAGAAUUGGAUUGGCUGGGGAACCUUACAACCCCAGAAGAACAGCAGGAGCUUCGAGAGCUCGAACGCGACGUUGAAGAAAUUCAACGCGUAAUCAAUAAUAGGAAGGACAUUGCAAAGGAUUUCGAGGACGAAUUCCUAACGCAUACGGACCUUCCUAGAGGAGAAGUAAUACAAGUCGAUCCAAGGCCAGAGGACGCCGAGGGAUCAAACAAGGAUAAAGGAGGGGAGGAAUGGAAUCCUCUCGGCAUCAAUCCAAGUCUACUAAGGAGUAGCGAUUCCAGCGUUACGCCAACAUCCACGAAACCCUACGAUGGAUUAGGAUUAUGGAAAGGAGUUAGGACGAUACCCUUGACCAGGACAUCCUCGGAAGGAGGAAGGCCAGUAACGCCAGUCGGAAUGCCAGUAAGGCCACAGUCAGCCAUGGCGCAAACAAGUAGUCUGGGAACUACUCGUCAAAACCCCAUCAAAGCACGGUACGAUCCAGCCAAUGGACCACCAGUGCAUCCAGGACCAACAUGUCUGGAAUUUCAGUGGCAGGAAUAUCUCCUGGAAAUGAAUCUCUACGCGCUGUAUAAUUCUGCACAACCAGAAUUGGAAAAGGAGGAAUUACAGCUAGGCGAGAUCCGACCAUUCGCAGGAGAUAAGCGAACAUUCACGUCAUUCCUCCAGGCUGGAGAACGACAUCUCCAGGCAAACAUCCACAUAUACGACGAUGACUACAGUCAAAUAACGUUCAUCCUAUCCCACUUCGAACCAGGUUCAGCAGCAGCAAAAUGGGUCGAAUCAUGGAAAGCAGCGAUGAUCGCAUCUACAGGAAGAUCAGAUGAUCUAGGACUUUAUCGUGACUUUCGGAUGACACUCCAAGAAAAGUAUGGAGGAGUCGCAACCAAGGACCAAGCAUGGCAAACGUUACUCGACAAUCAGUGCAGGCAAAAGAAAGGGAAGGUCGACGAUUACAUCAGAAAUCUUGACAUCCUAUUUCGCUAUGCUGAAAUCGACGAUGACUAUACCAAGCUCGUUCAUUUCAAGCGAGGCUUGGAAUCGAAGUUGGCAGAAAAAGUCUUCCUUACUCCGAAUCCUCCAACCACAUAUGAGGAUGCUUGCGACAGUGCAAGACAAGUCAACGACCUUCGAAAUGUCCAUAAAGGAAAAAGCAACAUCUUCGAUUUCAUCACACAUGCGAAUCAGGAUGAUUCAAUGGAUGCAGGAGAAUUGAUGGAUAUAGACGAUCCCAAUGCAAUGGACAUCGAUAGGGCACGACGAAUACGACAAGUACGGAACCUCCCAGUCAAGGAACGCCUAUGCUAUACGUGCAGGAAGCCAGGGCACGAGAUGGAUCAAUGCCCUUCAAAGAAGCCAAACAUUGAUCGAAUCCUGCCCGUACAGAUCGUAUCAAAGAAGAAGCAGAAGAAGGCUUCUUCAAUUAAGAAGAAAGAUGCACACGCAUCUAUCGGAUCACAAGAACCCUCACAAGAUCCGCCGAUCACGAAGAAGAUGCGAAAGCAGAUUGAGCAAUUGGUAACGAAGUUGGUCAAUGCAACAUUUGUCAAGCUUCUUCUCGGAGGUGACAAUCGAGAUCACCAUAUCGAUCAGAAGAAGAAGGAAGCCGAAGAAGAUGAUGACGAACCUAUGGAUAUCGAUCGAAUGUCUGAACAUAUUCUUGGCAUGAAUACCAUUCGAAUUGGCGCCAUACGAACUCAUUCAUCACAUGACGACCAGACAGCCUUCCCUACGUCAAUAUGGAAGGAAGUACUUAUGUCAUCGCUCGAUCUCAGUCAAAAAGAAUAG